AUGGAAGCGGAAGGGAGGAGUGAGCGGGGUAAGCAAAAGAAGGGGCGACUUUGCGGCAGCCUCUGGCCUGACAGCUACCCCGCUGCUGGGACCCUGACCUCCACAGUAGAUGUGAGCCCUCAGCCCAGCAAGAACCUUUCUGGUGUAGGCGUGCGGAGACCAAGGCUUUCCCCCCAAGGAGGACAGAGGGGUCGCCUGCACUCCCGGCGCCGCCACCGCACCACCUUCAACCCAGGGCAGUUGGAACAGCUGGAGACAGCCUUUGGGAGGAAUCAGUACCCCGACAUUUGGGCCCGAGAGGGCCUUGCCCGGGACACAGGCCUCAGCGAGGCCAGAAUCCAGGUCUGGUUCCAGAACCGCAGAGCUAAGCAGAGGAAGCAAGAACGGUCGCUGCUCCAGCCACUGGCCCAUCUGUCUCCUGCCACCUUCUCUGGUUUCUUGCCUGAGUCCCCUGCAUGCCCCUACUCCUACCCAACACCACCUCCACCCAUGACCUGCUUCCCUCACCCCUACAACCAUGCCCUUCCUUCUCAGCCCUCCACCGGUGGUUCCUUUGCUCGACCCCACCAGUCUGAAGACUGGUACCCCACCUUGCACCCACCCCCCACUGGUCAUCUGCCCUGUCCCCCACCCCCAACCAUGCUUCCCCUCAGCCUUGAGCCACCAAAGUCCUGGAACUAA